AUGAGUCGCGCUGUGUCUCUUUGCGUUCUUGCCGCGUUGACUGCGUCGGCAUCUGCCUCCAGCGACUGCUCUUCCUCGCGUGAGAAGAGCGGACAAGGGGGUCUGUCAAUGCUGCAGAGGCGUGACACCGUCGAGAAGGGCCAUCUCGGCAGCGGAAACGACGGCUGGAUCAACGUCUGCUACUUCACGAACUGGGCGCGCUACCGGACUGGUCUGGUCAAUGAAGGACGGGAUGCCUUCGAAAUGGGAUUGGAUGGGAGUCUCUGCACUCACUUCAUGUACGGCUUCGCCACAGUGACUCCGGACUUCAUGCUGAAGAGCAACGACCCCAACGCAGACCACCCCAGUGGCAGCGAAAACCAGGACGGCCUCUGCCCCGAGGAGUGCAACGACCCGAACUUCAGCCCGGACUGGAGUGACCCCGAUGGGGUGCGCUGUGAGUGGCCUUGCUCGGCCACCCGAGUGCGGCGGGGAUACGAAGCGCUGACGGCCCCGUGGAUUCAUCAGGCUGAAGUUUCCGAAAGACCAAGAAACCGGUCCGGAAUGUGUGUCGAGCAGUGUCGAGGCUUCAGAAGCCCCCGAGGCCCUAAACCCCUAUAG